UCCCACCCCACCUCUCUCUGCACCAUGGCCACCGCCGGCCCUGGGCAGGCAGGCGCGGCAGUCGGCAGCUUCGCCCCACCCUAUACCUUGCUCUUUCCACCGGCGCCGCCCAAUGCCUUCUCAGAGAAGCCCACCCUCAUCGCCGCUACCUUGCAGGGGUGCUCGCCCCCCACAGAGAGCCAAAGCCACUCCGACAGCUCAGAGCCAAUGAGGACCAUCUCGGGGAGCCCGCCCACCUUCGCCGCCCUCACCUCUAGACGAGCACUGGCCCAGAGGAUCCGCCAGAUAGAGGCCGCGCUCCUCAAAGACGGCACAGGCCGAUGCUUUCCCACCUUCUACACCAUGAACACAAGCCCAGAGGUCGACCGGUCUGCACGAGAGAUCCUGGCCUCCGAGCAAGUCACCAACAUCUUCGGCUCCCUCAACGCCGCGGUCAAGGACAAAGGCCUCGAGAAGGAUUUGGUCAGACACAUCUGCGACUUGGGCGCGGCGGUGCGGAGCCAACUGCAGCCCUCACGGCCACAAUCACACUACGGCACAUUCGUCCGGAUGGAGAAUGUCAGGAUGGACAAUGACGCGGCGGAUCCCGAGGUCAACAAGGUCGACAUAUUUGUACGCGGGUCAAACCCAUCGGCGGAUGCAAAUGUAAACCACUGGUCCAACGUCGUUGCCUUCAUCGAGGUCAAGAGGACCACCGGGGGAGACUUGACAGAGCAGACGGCUCUGCAGUGCUUGCGCUAUGCACGCAAGAUGUGCCAUUAUCGUCCCGUCACCUCUCACAUACACUUUAUGACGUGGUGCGGAAGCCUCGUACGGCUGUGGUACCUGGAUGCAGUUAUCUUUGGCUGCUCUGAAGCUCUUGACACUCAUGAGCGCAGUGACAGGAUAGAGAUCGUGAAGAUCCUGCGCUUGUUGUGUCUAGAGGACCAUUGCGCGCUCCUGACUGGUUACUGGGAUCUUGCGGCUCAAAGCCAACUCAAAAUCGAGGCCAACGAAGCGGCUGACAUCAAGGCCCACACGAUCCAUGUCCCAGUGCAAUCCCUCUAUAUCCGUCCUGGACCCUUCAGGACCCGUACUGCCAUCUUCGCUAGUGCAGUCGACGGCGUGAUGAGGGAAAGGGUGAUCAUCGUCAAAGCAUCAUGGGUAGCUUUCCAUCUGGUGGCACAUGAAUUGAUGAUUCUCGUUGCCAUUCAGAAGGAUCCGGUUAUGCGGCAGGGCUUACCACUCGCCCCGGUACCGGUUGGCUUGGCAGAGAUACCAGCUGACUUCCAGCGAAUGACCUCAGACAGGUUGACGCCAGGUUCUGCUUCCGCAUUCCCUGCUCGAGCUAUGUGUGCCCUGGUGACUCGUCAGCAUCUUGGAGAUCCAAUAGGGAAAUACACUUCCUCGCGUCGACUCGCAAAUCUUCACAAGCAAUUUGCGGAGCAGCUGCUCGUAUUAGCAAGAGGAGAGAUUCAUUACCGCGAUAUCAAUGAUGGCAACAUGCGCGUUCUUCGUGGUGAUGAGGACACCCUCCUCAUAAUAGACCUUGGAAAUGCGAGAAUGGGCUUGUGUCCACGAGGACAACCGAGAUUGCCGGAGGCUGAAGCGACAAUCAAGGCAGCUGCGGACGAUACGCGGUCAGGCACCCCAGAAUUCUUGCCUGUGUGCAUCACGAAGGUCGCAGCCGCGGUUCAGUCCUGGAAUGAGGCAAUGAAAAGUCUGUCGGAAAGGAUCCUAUUUCUGCGAAAGGACGCAGGCAGAGAUGCCGGAAGCUUUGCCGAGAAGUCGCGACGAGCUAUCAUAAAGAGCCUGCCCACACUUCACAAGACAUUACGUGAGGCAGCUGUGCACAGUCAUCGUUUCAUCGAUGACCUGGAGAGUGCAACGUACCUUCAUCUGUGGCAGACGGCACGCAGGUCUGACGAGAGCCACGCGAGAAUCUGGACUGAAAGCAUGUCGGAGAAACUGCUGAAGCAGAAUGUGAAGCUGUCCCUUUGGGAGAACUGGGAGUCUAUGGACACUACUAUGAACGAUCUCUGUAAGGAUACCGGCCGGAAGUGGAGAAAAACGAUGCUGGCCUUGCAAAAGACUAUCCGCGGCGCCCAAAAGCAGGUUCGUAAAGAAAUUGGACUUCAUUUCACACGCGAAGUAACUCUCGAGACCCUGAAGACUAGGGUGCAGGCCCUGGAAGCGAGUUCAUUCAGCUGUGAAGUACAGGACAUCGUUAACCGCCUGUUGCAGACCGAGAACGGCUUAGUGCCCAAUAAGGUACUUCCCACCGAGGUCAAGUGCUUCGAGACGUGCAUUCAGCUGUUAAAAGAUGCAGCCGAGCAGACGGAGGAUGGAGACGCGCAGAUGGAGAGUGAAGACGAGCAGAUGGAGGACGAAGUCGAGGUGAUCGAGGACGAAGGCGAGGAGACCGAGGACGAAGUCGAGGAGAUCGGAGACGAAGACGAGCAGAUGGAGGACGAGGACGAGCAGAUGGAGGAUGAACUCGAGCAGAUGAAGGAGGUUGGAGCCGAGCAGAAGAUGCGCGCACCGAUGAGGGGAAGCCAGCAGACGAGACGAUGGCGGAAGAGACGUUACGGAAGAGACGUUGACGAAGGGAGUAGACUAGACGAUGACGUGAGCGGUCCACCAGAAGCUGGCCUCACCAUAGGACCCCAGAAGCUCUCCCCCGACAAAUAAGAGGAGGUGGAGGCGUGGCGAGGGCGCUUCACGACCGAGGGCAUGGAAUCUUACUUGAUACCCAUACGAUGUACACACAUCUCCUGCAUCCCUCCUAGGAGAUCUAGGAGGCAAUAUACCUUUACAUUCAUCUUGUCACUCAUCA